UCUAUUUAAGUCGCCGCAGCGACGACGCGGUUCGACCACAUCCAGAUCCCUUCGAUACCUCCUUGCUUUGUUCCACCGCAUUAUCGGCAGCAAAUGGAGCAUCGCCCGCAACAUUUCCUUAUAGUGGCCUACCCGGCCCAAGGCCACAUCAACCCGGCUCUCCAUCUCGCCAGGCGCCUCGCCAGCACCACCGGCGCUCAUGUCACAUUCUCCACCGCCAUCUCCGCUCACCGCCGCAUGUUUCCGGCCCUGUCGAAACCCGACGAGGAAGUAGAAGACGGCCUCCUCUCCUACAUCCCUUUCUCCAAUGGCUACGACAAUGGUUUCAAAGCCGGCACUGGUACCGAAAACGCCCAGGAUUUCGUGUCCAAGUUCAAGCUCGUCGGAUCCAGAACUCUCUCCACUAUCAUCGCAAACCUUGCCGCACGCGACCGCCCCGUGACCUGUAUGAUCCACACCAUGCUCUUCAUGUCGUGGGCCGCCGACGUCGCUUAUGAUCAUGGCGUCCCUCCUGUCGUCUACUGGAUCCAGCCUGCCGCCGUCUUCGCUAUCUACUACCACUAUUUUCAUGGCUUCGAAGAGCUCAUCACCUCCCACAGUCAGGACCCAUUAUUUACGGUAAACUUUCCGGGACUGCCGCCGUUCCGAAUCCGUGACCUCCCAACCUUCACUAUCACCAAUUCCGACGAUCCCUACUAUGUGAUUCUCCUUGAUUUCAGAGAGACCUUUGAUAUGUUGGACCGGAAACAAAGGAGCUCGAAGCCAAGAAUCAUGAUGAAUACCUUCGAGGCAUUAGAGGCUGAUGCAAUCAAGGCAGUCGGUAACGUGGAGCUCAUCACCCUAGGGCCGCUCGUACCGUCCCUUCCUUUGCUUGGAAUGGAUUCAAAAGAUAAGGAUCUUUUCAAACCGGAUGACAAGGGGUACAUGGAAUGGUUGGACUCGAAGCCGGAGAGGUCGGUGGUGUAUGUGUCUUUCGGCAGCAUCGCGGUGAUGAAGAAGCAGCAACUGGAGGAGGUUUUGAGGGGGCUGAGGGAGAGUGGGAGGGCUUACCUGUGGGUGGUGCGGAAGGACGGCAGAGAGGAAGGAGUCGAGCUCGAAGACGAGGAGAACGGGAUGGUGGUGGAGUGGUGCUCCCAAGUGAAGGUGCUGUCCCAUCCCUCCGUAGGAUGCUUCGUGACCCACUGCGGGUGGAAUUCGACAUUGGAGAGCUUGGUGUGCGGCGUGCCGACUGUAGGGGUGCCGCAGUGGUCGGACCAAGGGACAAAUGCGAAGCUCGUGGAGACGUGGGGGACGGGGGUGAGGACCGAGGUCGACAAAGAGGGAGUGUUAGAGGGGAGAGAGUUGAGGAGGUGCUUGGAGGUUGUCAUGGGAGAAGGGGAGAGAGGGGUGGAGAUCAGAAAAAGGGCAGAGAUUUGGAAAAACAAAGCACAGGAGGCCAUCCGUGAAGGUGGGUCGUCAGAUGUGAACCUCAGGGCUUUUUUGGAGCAAAUUGCAAGCAACAAUUAAGAUUUGAGAAUGUCAUCACAAAUGUCCAAAUUAUUUUGUGUUUCAAGUUUAUUUAACCAUGUGCCAGGAAGACUUAACUUAAUGCAAUAUACCAAGAUAUAUAAAGUGUGUUUCAAGCCUUAUUUAAUGGUGUGUACUCGGUAAAUACUAAAUAAAUUCUUAUCUAUGUGAUUCUCAUAUGAAAAUUUAAUAAUUUUUUAAACAAU